AUGACUAAAAAAUUAGAUUUGACAACAAGUCGUGACUGGGAAGAGCAUAGGAACAAUAUUUUAAAAGAUGAUCCUACUUUAAUGCAAUUUUGUUCUUUUUUAAACAAGAAAGCGGAUUGGUUAGAGUCCGUCGAGUCAAAUAUCUAUUCUUCUCAGACGAAUACUACUGUAGCUUUAAAUAAUAGUCAUACAUAUAAACAUUCCAAUUCUAAAGUCACUCAAGUUAAUAAAAAAUCACAUAAUAAUUUUAAUAAAAUAAAUAAAUGUCCACUUUGCUCCCAGGCUCAUACAUUAUAUAAAUGUGAAUCCUUUAGAAACUUAACUAUAGAGGAUCGCAUAAAAAAGGCAAAUGAUUACAAUGUUUGUCUUAACUGCUUGCGCGUCGGACAUUCUGCUAAGCAGUGUAAACUCACACAUUGCAAAUAUUGCAAAACAAAGCACAAUACGCUUUUGCAUUUAGAAUUUAGUGAACCUAAACCAUUUUCGAAUCCAUUGCCUCUUGCUUUGGCUUCUGCUUUGCCUUCUGCGUCAAACAUAGCACUAUCAGCCAAUUCCUUGCAGCUUGCUACUCCUGCGCAUGUUUUACUGUCCACAGCUAUGGUGAACGUGAUUAGCGGGACGGGUAAGAAGUACACUGCGCGGCUACUGCUGGACAACGGUAGUACCGCCAACUUUGUUACGCAGAGACUAUCAGAGAAACUGGGUUUGUCACAUCGCGAUACGAGCACCAAGGUAACGGGUAUUAAUAAUCACAUAUCCACCAGCACACAGUCUUGUCACCUCACAAUUGAGUCUUUAUGCUGUGUAUUUACUGUUGAUAUCGAGUGUCAUAUUUUACCCGAAAUAACAAAGGUUCUACCGUCUUCAUUCGUGCAUAUAAAUCACGUCCCUAUUCCUUCAGGUCUAACACUAGCAGACCCGAACUUUAAUGUUCCGUCGGUCGUAGACAUCCUGGUAGGGGCUGAGGUGUUUUGGAAUGUCUUAGGCAGCAAAACUAUAGAUUUAGGGAAACAUUUACCUAAAUUGUGCGAAACUAAAUUCGGUUGGCUUGUCUCCGGUAGUAUUUCACAUCAAUCUAGUUUUGUUUCAUCACACCUUUGUCAGCAUUCCAACGUCACUCCCGACCUAACUCAAUUUUGGGAGCUUGACAACGUGUCGUCAAAACAUUCACUUUCUGUUGAAGAAAGGGUCUGUGAACAACUUUUUGCCCAAACCACCGUUCAUAAAAAUGAUGGUAGGUUUUUCGUGACGAUGUCCUUAAAAGAGGACUCUAGAACUUUAGGGCAUUCGUAUGAAAACGCAAAAAAUCGUUUUCUAUCCCUGGAACGGCGAUUUAAACGCGAUCCUUCAUUUAAAACCAAAUAUUGUGAAUUUAUGAGAGAAUAUGAGCAUUUAGGUCAUAUGACUUUAGACUCUGACUGUACUUCUACGCCUAAAAACUCCGUGAUCACAUAUUUCAUUCCACAUCAUGGAGUCAUUCGUAGCUCUAGUACCACUACUCAACUACGCGUAGUAUUCGACGCAUCAGCCUCUACCAGUUCGGGCGUGUCUCUUAAUGACAUUCAGAUGGUCGGUCCCGUAGUGCAAGACGAUCUCUUUUCCAUUUUAAUACGUUUUCGUCAACAUAGAUACGUGGUCUCAGGUGAUGUAGAGAAGAUGUAUAGAGCCAUUGAGCUAAAUCCAGUCCAACGUCCUCUACAAAAAAUUAUUUUUCGGUUUGAUCCUUCAGAACCUCUUAGAACCUAUACAUUAAAUACGGUCACCUAUGGUACCGCUUCUGCUCCUUAUUUAGCCACGAAGUACCUGGUAAGUCUGGCUGAUAACAUUGAGGAUAGUCAGGUCCAGCGGGCCAUACGACGUGACUUCUACGUUGAUGACUAUCUGAGCGGAGGAAACACCAUAGCUGAGACUGUAACAAUUGCAAAUCGCGUACAAUCGGUUCUAUCUUCCGCUAAAUUUAACUUACGCAAAUGGCGAUCAAACCAUCCUCAAAUUCUAAAUCAAAUUACAAACAGUAACGAAUCGUAUGAUACUCAUACGUUGCAUUUUUAUAAGCAGGGUUUAAAUUCACAUCAAUCUAAAACUUUGGGUCGUAAUUGGGCUUGCGAUUCCGAUUCACUUACUUAUACUAUUAACAUAAAGUCGACCACUAAAGUAACUAAACGUCACAUCCUCUCAGUUAUCAGUCAGAUCUUUGACCCAUUAGGCCUCGUAGGUCCAUGCGUUGUCGAAGCGAAAAUAGUCAUGCAGCGUUUAUGGCUACACAACUAUGACUGGGACGACGAAGUAUCGCUCGAGGUCAGAAACCUUUGGACGACAUUCGAAAAUACAAUAACAUCUUUAAAUAAUUUAAAGAUUCCUCGUUGGGUUUUGCGUGAAAACUCUAGUACGCAUGAAGUACACGUCUUCACCGAUGCGUCCGAAAAAGCUUAUGGCGCAUGUGUGUACAUUCGGUCAUGCAGUAACAGUAAUACUAUUGGCGUACAACUUUUAGUUUCUAAAAAUCGUGUAGCGCCCAUCAAGCCGACAACAAUACCAAGGCUUGAACUAUGUGGAGCAUUGUUAGGUGCCAGACUGUGUACCAAGGUUCAGGAAGCGCUUUCUUUACCCAUUCACCGAUGUAGAUUCUGGUGCGACUCAACCAUAGUCUUGGGUUGGCUCUCUACUCCAGCUAAUCAAUUAAAAUCUUUUGUGAGAAAAAGAGUCAACGAGAUACAGGAGAGCACUUAUGGUCAUACCUGGAGCUACGUGCCGUCGAGGGACAACCCAGCGGAUCUUGUUUCCCGUGGUCUUAAAGCUAACGUUAUCAAGGACACACCACUAUGGUGGUCCGGACCCUCUUUUCUGUUGCGUAAUGAAAAUGAGUGGCCUAAAAUUCAACGAUUAUGGGCAGCCUUACAUUGGUGUAAAGAAAAUAAUCAACUGUACAGACAUUUUAGUAUCGCAGAUAUUUGCCAAAUUGCACCUGACAUAAUCUUUCAUCAAAAUGAAAGGUCACAUAUCGGUGCUCUUACGACAAACCGUGGGAGUUGUUUUGUAGACAACGGAAUUGUAGACAUUGGAUGGAUUGGAAUGGAUAAAUUCUAA